UUUUAAGUUGAUAAAUUGUGGAAUAAAAUAGUGUUUUUGGCCAAAAAUGAGAUGCGCAGUGCUUAAUUGCAAUAGUGCCAAAACGGCCUCUGAUAAAAAUUCACAAUUAUGUUUCUUUAAGUUUCCGAAAAACGCUGAUUUAGCCAAACAGUGGCUCUCAUUUUGCGGCAAUAAAGACGCCCUGAAUAUGAAGAAUGCCAGCGUUUGCAUGAAACAUUUCAAAGACGACGAUAUUGUGGGCGCUCUCAAGUUCGAAUUGGGAUUGGCGAAGAAGCGCACAUUGCGGCCAGGCGCAGUGCCUUGCAUACAACUCGAAAGUGAAAGCAUGUCUGAAAAGGCACGCAAGGAACGCAACCAGAAGCGAGAGAACCAGAAACUGGUGGCCGAGCUUCUGGCGGAUGCCGAGGUGAAACCGGAUGACAUUGAACCUACUCCUAGCUAUGUCCGAUAUAAUACUGGAAUCGCAUCGGCCCCGGCCUUCGUCACUCCGCCAAAAAUUGAAAUUAAUUCUUUCGUGGACGAAGAUGACCCGCUCUCAGGUGAUGCAAAGCAAGCAUAUCUGAAGACGCAGUUCAUUAAGUGUCGUACAUGCUAUCGGGACUUUGAGUUAGAUGCGGGUUGCGAAGAUCCUUUCGACAACACCAACAGCGUUUUGCUUUUUCGCAUCGAAGUUAUUUGCGGAGUUUGGCUCAGUAACAUCGAGGGCGGACCACGUUACAUUUGCCCGGAUUGUGUGCUGUGCCUGAAUACGGCGAUUGAUUUCCGUGAAAGGGUCAUCAGCACAGAGGUGAUGCUAACUCAGGGCAUGCCCGUGUGUGAUAAACCAGAGUUGGUCACCACAGAGCCAGAGGAGCCUCUAGGAAAUUCUGUAGCCGAGUGGUCACCGAUUGGUAUGGCAGAAGACGACGGCGAACAUGACAUUUUGGAUGAUUCGUAUAGCCCCAUCGAAAGCCCCAAUAAGAUAGAUAAAAUAGAAAUAUUAGAGUCAAUCGAGGAAGAUGCCAACAAGGCCCCAGCAGAUCCACUCAGCGUUGCACGUGGAGCCAAAAUCCUUGAUGAACUGAUCAGCGAAUUCACAGGUAAUGAUAAACCCAAAACGGAACGCUCAAAGAAGGAAACACCUGCAGCGAAACCGGCAAAGGCAAAGGCAAAAGAACAGCACAAAAAAACAACGAUUCGGCCAACACGACAGGCUAACCCCAAAUCGCAGAUAGAGCGAAAUCGUAUACGCCGCGCUCAGCUCAGAAAAAAGCCCCCAUCCCACGUGUGUGAUCAAUGCGGGCAGGUCUUCCGCAUGACCCACAAUUUGCAGAUUCAUAUGCUUCGGCACACGCGCACAAAGAACUUCCAUUGUCCUGAAUGCCCAAUGACAUUCUACGAUGCCUACAUGAGGAACAUUCACAUACGCGUCCGACACAAGGGCGAGCUUCCCUACGUCUGCCGAUAUUGCCCGGAAAGAUUUGCAUAUGCGGGAAAGCGUCAGCUGCACGAAGGGAAAGUACAUUGGGCAGCUCCACGACAAAAAUGGAAUCGGAUCAAUUCCGCGCCAAAGAAACGAGCUCCAACGAGACAUUUUUGCCAACUUUGCGAUAAGAGCUAUAUUUCGAAAUACGCUUUAGCCUGGCACGUUAAAUCGCAUGAAGAUGCGAACGCAUUCAAGUGCCAGCAGUGCGACAAGAGCUAUUCCGAGCCAGCGAAGCUGAGGCGCCACGAAUUGACCCACCAGGAGAAGCCGCUGCAGUGCGAUGUCUGCUUAAAGGGCUUCUAUCAGCGCUGCAAGCUCAAAGAUCAUGAACUUAUACACACUGGAGAGCGACCCCAUAGGUGUGAAAUUUGUAAUGUUAAUUUCCGGUAUAAAACAAACUUAAAGGUACAUGCAAACACCAAAAUGCACCAGGAUAAUCUAGAGAAGGCGAAGAAUAGUGUGCAAGUUUAUACAGACUAGAAUGGACAUCGAUUUAUGCUAUUGAUCGCCUCCCGUUUCGACCUGUGUGGUGCAACAGGUGGCAAUUCAGACAGCCUUAAUACUCUUCUCCCUAUUCGCCUUUCCCAUCCUCCUCUUCCAUGGAUUCCCAUUGGAUCUUCAGCUACCGUAUGACCAUGAAAUAUUCCAUAAAUGUUGGAGAAGGGAAAAAGUUAUACAUACAUAUGUAUAUUAAUAUGAAGAACAAGUUUAUUUUUAUUGCAAAU